GCGAUGAUUGGGUCGGGACAAGGAUAGUAGGUAGUCGGGAUAUAAGGAGGGGAUGGUGCGGAGGACAUUAUCUCUUAGGGACUCAUAGUCCUCCACAACGGGAAAGGUGCCGGAGACGAUACAGUACAACUCUAUAUGGUUGAAAUGUACCCAGGCGACGCUAAAGAGGAGAACGUUGAGGUGAAAAGAGGGGGAGCGAUGGGGAAAGACCGUACACAAGAGUCGCGCGGUGAAAUGAUGACAGAAGGCGCAACUGGCAAAGAUGUGAUAGUCCAAGGAAUUCAAGGUGGGGGAGGGCACGGAAGGAGAGGUAAUCAAGGGGGCGGCGGAAGACGGGACGAGGACGGUACGUCCGGGCAAGGAGGAGGACGGGGAGGAAGCGCGGAGGGGGUGGAUGCGGAGGGAGAUGGUGAGCGAGAGCGGCGGCGGCGGCGGGAGUUUGUUGCGCCAUCGUGUCGACUGGCGGCGUCCGAUGGAACAGCAGGAUUCAACACGGAUCCUCCCCGGAUGGCAGGCAAUGCUCGUGCUGGAGGAGCCUCCCGGGGCUCAGGUGCUGCUACCUCUUCUUCUUCCUUUGACGUCGACCGUGCUUCUGACUCCUCUUCCUGUGAUAGCCCGGUGAUGGCUAUGCGACCUGGGUCGUCGUCCGAUGGCAGCUCCCCGUUCUCCCGAUGGGCCUUGCAAAACUCGUCGAAGUCGGACUCGGAGUUAUCAGGCGCAAGUUCGUCUAGGUCCAAGUAGCACCAAACUGUAGGAUCAUGAUCACUUAGAUACUGCCCGUAAUC